CAUCGCCAUGUCUGUUGCAGAUUUCGCUGAUCGCGCUGCCCAGGCCCAUCUCUUUCUCUCGUGUUCCCUCGCAAUUCCCAGAUUCCCUCACACACCCACUAUGCAAUCCCGCAUUCUCAUUGCGUGCCCACCUCUCGAACGCCCAGGUGAAAUGUUUCCACUGAUGGGCUGCUGGAAAUUUCGAACGGUGCCGGAUUCUGUUAGUGUUGCGGUGGCGUUUGGUUUGUGAGGUCGAGGAUGGGCGUCGGUGUAUGUUUUUUUUUGUUGUUGUGCAACGAGAUGGACAGAAAUAGCCAUCGCUGAGGUUACGAAUUUCCUUGAAUGAAUUCGGUUGCUUUUUUUCACGACGACGGUGGUUGGUUUUUCUUGGGUUGCACGGCAUGUUGGUGGUUCCGAUGAUCGCUCUCACUGAAAGCUGAUUGUUAAGCCUUCGAAUGUUUGAUGUGGGAGUUAAGGGUCUAGUUACCUGGUUCUGAUUGACAGGUUUUUGGAACAUUGUCUGUCCCUCCGACGUGUGCGUGAGUGCAACCGAUUUCUGAGGUCUGGGUUUGAAAUCCUGGUAAUUGGACGAUUUGGAGGUAAAAGGAGGUGCGCAAUUUGGCAGAUAGUUUGGAGGUUUGGAUAAUCGUUGCGUAGAGGUGGCCAUGGCGGGUGUGGCGCUGGGACUCGUGGGACCCGGUUUGGAAUUGGUGGCCAGCAAGAGGGCACUGUGCCCUGGAGCUUCUUUCUCUUCUCCGUUUUGCCUCAGUUGCUCUGCGUCUGUGUCAUCCAACAGCAGUACUCGUGCCAGGUCUCCCAAGGCCCUUGUCCUCAGGAGCUCCUUUGUCUCGCGGACCACCCAUUCCAGCUUCUGGGAUGGUGGAGUGGGAGCCUGUGUGCUCGCGCUUGCGGUGGAGGACUCAAUUAAGCAAAGGAAACGCGGUGGUGCCCUUUGUGCUCAAGCGAAUAUUUUUGAGCGUGUGGUCAGAAUUGUGAGGUCCUACGCAAAUGCUAUAGUGAGCUCAGCUGAAGACCCUGAAAAGUUACUGGAUCAGACUGUGUUGGAAAUGAAUGAAGACCUGAUAAAAAUGCGUCAGGCAUCGGCACAGGUGCUAGCUUCCCAAAAGCAGUUGGAGAAUAAGUAUAAAGCAGCUCAAACAGCUGCAGAUGAUUGGUAUAGGAGAGCGAAAUUAGCACUUGAAAAAGGUGAUGAGGACUUAGCUAGGGAGGCUCUUAAACGCCGUAAGGAUUAUGAGGAAAGUGCCAAGGCAUUGAAAAGUCAGCUGGAUCAGCAGAAGGGUGUCGUGGAUAAGCUGAUAUCGAACACUCGGCUGCUAGAAAGCAAGAUCUCAGAGGCUAAGUCGAAGAAGGACACUUUGAAAGCACGAGCACAAUCUGCCAAGACUUCCCAGAAGGUUAAUGAGAUGUUGGGAAAUAUCAAUACUAGCGGUGCUCUUGCGGCAUUUGAGAAGAUGGAAGAAAAAGUUACUGCAUUAGAGGCAGAAUCGGAGGCGCUCAAUCAACUCAGUACUGAUGAUUUGGCUGCCAAGUUCGCUCUUUUAGAAAGUGAUUCUGUAGAUGACGACUUGGCAUCCUUAAAGCAAGACGUGCUGGGUUCAUCGAAGAGAAAAGGAGAGCUGCCGGAAGGCCGGUCCCAAGCAGUUUCAAGUAGCAGCAAAACUCCCUAUCCUUUCAAGGACUCGGAGAUUGAAAGGGAAUUGAAUGAGCUACGAAAGAGGGCCAACGAUUUUUAAGUCUUCAUUUUGAUUUUCUCUGCUGUUUAGCAGCAAAUCGGAAUUCUUAUGAUUGUGUAUUUUAGAGUGAAGGGUGGUUGCUGGUCACUGCUGUAUCUUAAAUCAUUGACGAUUUGAAGGUCGGGAACGUGAGUCUUUAGCAAUUGGUCAUGCAAGCUACGGCUAUACAAUUUAAUUUGUGCAAAUACCUCAAUAUCUGCUGAAACAGAUUUUGUGGUGAUCAUUAAAAAUCUUGAUUCGAAGAAUACAGAUUCCCUAAGUUUCGGAGGUAACAGUA